AUGGCUUCCGAAAUCACCACUCAUAAUCCUGGAACCAACUGCAUCAGACGGACUGUAGAGGUUUUGAUCACAUCCUCAAAUAGGUCUAAUCUUAGGGACAGCAAUGAUGAGUUAUUGGACAUCCAGCCCUCUGCUCAAGUGUAUUAUGGGCCCCAGAGAGUCUGGAAAGGUAUCUAUGGGCGGACCAUUGAUGAUAAUGCUACGGACAAACCAUCAAUUGGUAUUUUCGUCCCUGAAGCAAGCUCUCUUUGCCAGAUCUCUGUCGAUGAUCCCGCCAGCACUGGUACACAAAACGAGGAAGUACCUUGCACUGCCGGAUAUAUCGACAUGGAUCGCGACGCUCGUACAGCUUUAUUCGUCUCUGCAGCGAAGGCCCAGAACUCCAGCCUCAAAAAUUUUACUUCUUCGGUUGAUCUAUCUGAAGCGAGUCUCGGUAAUUUGCCACAGAAGUAUUAUGCUCACGACCGCAUUUUCCGCUUCGAAAUUGGGCAUGCUGUCACCCAGCCUCAAGAAGGACAAAGUACAGGUUUUAGAUCUUGUAAGUCUACCAAAGAAGUAGGGGGUUUCCCUCACAAUCGUAUGCGAGAGGGACACCCUUAUUCUACAGAAGUGGAGAUGGUAAUUCCGUAA